AUGCAGUAUCAUGUUGCAUAUUGAAGACACGAUUUCAGCGAUGGAGAUUGGAGCGAAGGUGGAAAGAGUGGACGGGCGGAAGCUUAGUUACAAGGAUUUCGUUGAUCGAUAUCUGAAGAAUAAUCUCCCCGUGGUGCUUACGGACCUUAUGGAUGGAUGGCAGGCCUGCACUGAUUGGGUCACUGCCGAUGGCCGACCUAAUAUCCGCUUCUUCGCUGACCAUUUCGGCAAAUCCAUGGUUCAGGUUGCAGAUUGCUGUAAAAGAGUUUUCACAGAUCAGAAAAGGGUUGAGAUGUCUGUCUCUGAGUACACCGACUAUUGGCUCAGUAUUUCUUCUACCAAGUGUAAUAAAGUUGCAAACAGCAAUGAUGGCACUGAAUCUUUGUUGUACCUGAAGGACUGGCAUUUUGUCAAAGAGUAUCCUGAUUAUAUCGCCUACACGACUCCAUCUUUUUUUGUUGAUGAUUGGCUCAAUCUUUACCUUGAUAGUCACCGCUUGCAUCGUGAUUCAGACAUUACUCAGGAUAAAAAUGAAACAAAUUGUGCUGAUUACCGCUUUGUUUACAUAGGAGUUAAAGGUACUUGGACCCCACUUCAUGCUGAUGUUUUCAGGUCGUAUAGCUGGUCUGCUAAUGUAUGUGGGAAAAAACUGUGGCUUUUGUUACCACCUUCACAGUGUCACCUUAUCUUUGAUAGGUACGAAAAAAGUUCAGUCUAUGAUGUUUAUGCUGAUAUCUCUGAAAAGAAGUUUCCUGGCUUUAAAAAGGCUGUUUGGUGGGAAUGCACUCAAGAACACAAUGAGAUUAUCUUUGUUCCAAGUGGAUGGUACCAUCAGGUCCAUAAUUUGGUGAGAACUACAACCUUGCUUAAACAUAAUUACUGUGAAAUUUCUCUCUGCAAGUUGCCUUUUCCCACCUUCGAAAGCAUCUGUCAGAGAAAUCUUGCUGCCAACACAGGCAUGAAUUUCUAUGAUUUUUUUGUCUUCAUCUCACGGUUUGCCUUGGCCAAUCUUGUAUUACUUAGAGAUCUUAAAAAUGAGGAAGGGGUUGUUUCUCAUUUAAGAUCUACAGCUUAUAAUGCUUUAAACAAUAUAAGAGCCAUACAUUUAGUCGCCUCAAGCAUGGGUUCUGUUGAAGCUUUUGCUGAAGAGAACUUAAAUAGCUGUUCAGAAGAAAACCGCAUUGCCUAUUCUGAAGUAAAGAGAAUUAUGGAGGAUCUAGAUUUUCAUGACCUAUGUGCUACUUUGAGAGUAACCCUUAGAGCUGUGUGUGAGGGCCUUCAUGAUUACAAUGUGGAGAUCAGACCUGAAAAAAUAGAUCUUGCUAUCAGUUCAGACUUCAAAAUUGGCAAUCCUUUAGAAUUGGUUAAAUUGAUUGAAAAUGCCUUCCCAGAUCAGUUCAAUAUUUUGAAUGCUUGCAACAUUGGUUUCUCAUAGAAAAUGUGUGACAGCAAAUCUCAGGUUAUGAUGCAACCCUGUUUUGAGGUAUAGCUUGCUAAAAGGUGUGGGAUUGAUAAAAAAAUGAAGGUUUGAUCAUUAUGAGGAAAAGCUGAAUAAGGGUUGAUUCAGCUUUCCAUGUUUGCAUCAUCGGUUUAUUAUAUCUAGCUUUGCUUUGUGUUAUAUGGAAAUUGCCUGUUUCACAUUCAGCUUCCUAUGGAAGCAACUGUAGAUUUGUCGGGAGUUUCAGAUGGAUUCUUUCAACCUAUCUAAAUUUGUUCAUGUUGGAAAUCAUUUUUCAAUUUGAAAAUGGGAUCUGAUUGAAGAGUUUACGUUAAUUACUCGUCCAUUGGACUUAUUUGAUGUUCCUAAUGAUGAUUUUUCAUUGCUUCGAAAAGAAAGUGCUUCAGUCCUGCAGAGGGAUGAUUAAUAUAAUUACUGGAUGGUUUCUGGAAAUUUAUGUCUACUGAUUAAGGUAAAGCAUUCUGGUAAAUGGUCUUUAUUUGAAAAAUAUAAAAGAAACUUUGUUAAUUAAUUUUCUUGUUGAUGGUUGACAAGGCAUUUUAUUCAUUCAAAUGUAUUGCAAGAUAUUGGGAAUUGUUUUCUUUAACAGCAGCAUAGGUUUCUUAUUGUUUUCUAAUGAGCAUUAGUUUCUUUA